AUGACCGCCUUCAAACUGAUAACGCCCACAGCCAAAAUUUUGCCCACCAGUCCCAACGCUGGUGCUGUCAGUGGGGAUGAGCUCUGCCGUGACCAAUCAGAUGUGAGACAAGAUUUUCCAGAAGGCGAAACGGAGCUGGUCUUCAACGGGCACGGACUCCUCCUGAAAACAUCCCCCACGAUGUCAACAUCAACAUCACGGCUCAUUCAAUUGCAAAACAAAACAAUCAUGGCCGGACCCUCUGUCACUGGAGCCAUCCGCUGCUCAUCUUGCACUCGGUCUGUCUUUCGAAGCUUAAUAGGAAGCAUCGCGGAAUCCCGGACACCUCAAGCAGCACAUCGUUCCCAACGUUUGGUAACCCCGGCUGUUGGCUCAAGAUAUCAUUCAUCUUUUCGAGCAUCCCCGCCACUGAGGGCAGGACCCGCCUUGGAAGAAACCCUUCAAAGAGAAGAACUCGACGGACCUAUCUCUUCAUCGAACCUCGACAGCAACAAUGCAACCACAACCACAACCACCACUACUACCAGCAGCGAGCCAUCCGAUGUCCCUUGGUACCUCCAGGUUGAGCCGCCAAGACAUCCUACGCUGAUGCACGAGCCGCCACCAUUGCCAGACAUCCCCGAGGACUCGCCCAAAGUGAUGGAACCUCUCCUCAAGUACAUCUCAGAGGAAUUGGGCAUGGAUGAUUUGUCCCUGGUCGACCUGCGUGAUAGGGACCCUCCAGCGGCGAUAGGCCAAGACGUCAUCAUGAUUGUCGGCACAGCCCGCAGUGAGCGCCAUCUUCACGUCUCUGCUGAUCGGUUGGUGCGAUGGCUGAGAGGUCGUGGAAUUGGUGCCGACGCGGAUGGUCUCUUGGGCAGGAAUGAGCUCAAGAUCAAGUUGCGCCGUAUCGCGCGCAAGGCCAAGAUGCUGGGGACCGCGAGGAAUGCUCAUGCCGGUGAUGAUGGAAUCACUACCGGUUGGAUCUGCGUCAACCUGGGAAACGUUGGUGGGUCGAGAAGGGAGGUUCAGAUGGUAGACGAGGAGGGGAGGUCCAUGGGUUUUGGCGUGCCCCGGACAGGGGCCUCGGUUAUUGUUCAGAUGUUGACUGAGAGCAGGCGCCAAGAGUUGGAUUUGGAAAAUCUUUGGGAAGAGAUGGGCAGGGAGGCUGUUGAGACCUACGAACGCCCACCGCCCCUCCGACGGGACUUCAGUGGAUACAAGGCGUAUGCCGGUCGUCGUACCAGGUCAGAGGGAUAUCGUCCUCGACGCAUUCGCGAAUUCUCUACCGCGGCGGUACCUCAAGGGACAAUAGGGGCUCUUGCGGUGAAGGCGUUCAGGAAUGGGCGUGGUUAA